AUGGCCUUCGCUCCCCGCGUCGAAGAUGUUYCCGCCAAUGCUUCGACAGUGAUCGUAACCGGGCCGUUACAAACACUUCGGUGGACCUCAGCUUGCAUAUCUAUCGUUUUCCUGCUCCUCACUUUAUAUGCGGCGUACCAGCUGCUAUUCCAUCCUCUUGCUCAUGUACCUGGACCUCGAAUCGCUGCUCUUACAAAUCUAUGGAAGGUUUUCCACAUCUACGACACACAACUGCAUGCUGUGUUGCUAAGACUACACGAGCAACACGGCUCCAUUAUUCGCAUCGGUCCCAACGAUGUCCAUAUCCAGAACGCCGAAGCUGUAGCUACAAUAUACAAAGGCGGUCGAGCCUUUCCCAAGACGUCGUUUUACAAUUCCUGGCAAACUUUCAACCACAACUUGUUCGGCACACAAGAUGACGAUCUCCAUGCUCUGCGCAGGCGACAAAUGGCGCACGGAUUCAGCCAGACUUCCAUCCYUGAAAUGGAGGAGAUCCUCGACGAGAAGCUCUCAAUACUCUGCGAUCGCAUCGCAAUGUUUGCCAAGGCAGGUAAAGCAUUCGACCUAAAAGACUGCAUCUCUCGCUAUGUAUUGGAUAUCCUAGGGGAGACGGCAUUCAGCUGUUCGUUCAAUGCUCAGACGCCCGGUGCUGGAGGCUACGAAAAAGUACCUCAGGCGAUCAACGGCCACAUUCUCAUGGGGAGUAUCAUUGGAGAGCUUCCGUUCCAAACACUGAACAAGAAGCUACUGGCACUGUCUCCUAUUAAUUGGAUGCGAGAGAUUGUUGCAAACCGGAUGCUAUUGCGAGAUACAUGUGCGAGAUGUGUACAACAUCGGAUCGACAGUGGGUCUGGCAACGGCCGGAAGGACCUGCUCCAGUCCCUUAUCAAGGCGAAAGAUCCGGAGACGGGUGCUAGUCUAACAACAAUGGAUAUCAACACGGAAGCUUUUGCAAUGCUUGUCGCUGGAUCCCAUACGACAUCUGGUACGCUCAGUCUCUUCUUUGCCCAUACUCUCCGGGACCCUAAAGUCACGACGAAACUCGUGAACGAGCUCAAUUCGAAGUUGGGUCCACCGAGUAGAAAUCUCGGCAGGCAGACACACGCUGUCAAGAAUCUAGAGAACAGUCUCCCAUACUUGAUGGCUUGCAUUCACGAGAACUUUCGUAUGACACCUGUAUUUACCAUGCUAUUGUGGAGAAGGGUUACACGGGAUGAAGGACUGGUAGUCGGGGACAAUUUCGUGCCGCCUAAUACGAACGUGGCAGCCAGUAACUACGUACAGCAUCACAAUGUUUCCAUCUGGGGCAAAGACCACGCCGAAUUUGAUCCCGAUCGAUGGCUCGAUGGUCGUACCGCUGGACUUUCAAGCGCGUUGAUACCAUUUAGUCUGGGACAUCGUAUGUGCAUUGGUCGAAAUCUUGCAAUGACCAAUAUCCUCAAGACCAUCACGACCUUGCUCACGAGAUUCGAGCUCACUUUGGAGGAGGAUGCUAAGCUUGAGCCGGUACGGUUCGGAAGUUAUGGUAUUGGUGAAAUGCAGGGGACAUUGAUGUGUACAGCUCGUUCUCUGGAUGAGUGA